CUACUACCAACGAUACGAGUUUAGUCACUCAAGAAAGCUCAGUUACCAACAGGAUGAGCUCAACGAUGGCAGAUAUUGUCACCAAGGCAACAAUAGCCAAGGAAUUAUGGACAUACUGUGCACCGCUGAUCAUUAUUGUCGGUACAAUAGGAAACACUUUAUCUUUUAUCAUACUCACCAGGAAGAACAUGCGGAAAAGCACGUCUAGUAUUUAUCUCAGCGUCCUGGCUGUAGUCGAUUCAACUGUACUUUACACUGGUCUUUUGCGACAUUGGAUACGUCACAUUUCCGACAUAGACAUACGGAGUAUCACACUUGGUGGAUGUAAAUUUCACAUAUUCCUAGUUUACUUUUCCUUGGAUUUAUCUGCGUGGAUCUUAGUUGCGGUAACGUUUGAGAGGCUAGUUGCAGUUUAUAUUCCCUACAAAGCUCGGGUAUACUGUACUAGUUUUACAACUUUCAUCACAGUUUGCGCCAUCUCUUUCGUUUUGUUUUUUAUUAACCUUCACUUCUUCUGGACAUACGGAUACAUCAAAAUAAAUGAUCGUGGUGACAUCUUUGUUGCAUGCAUUAUUGCUGAAGAAAAAUAUAAACAUUUCGCCAGGUACACGUGGCCAUGGCUUGACAUGUGUAUCGCCUCUUUUAUCCCGUUCUUCAUCAUGUUCACAAGCAACGUUCUAAUUAUUAUCAAGGUUCGGAAACUGAGCUCAACGAACGAAUCAAAGAUGACAUUCAUGACGGCAAUGCUCCUCACUGUGAAUUUCGUGUUCAUUAUCUGCACAUCGCCUAUUGUUCUCUAUCUAAAUUUUUACGAAACGUGGAACCCGGGUAGUGAUGAAUUAACAAUUGCUAAGAGGAAGCUUCACUUUGUUAUAUGUAAUUUACUCAUGUACACAAAUAAUUCGAUUAAUUUUUUGCUUUACUGUCUAUCUGGUCCUACGUUUCGCCGGGAUCUUCGAAAACUGUUGCGGAGGAAGGGAAAUUAGAUCGGCCCGCACUCGAACAUUCAAAACCAUACUGAAGCAGAGAACGCAGCUGCUCAAUAAUAUACUUCACAAAAGGAUUCAUAAUGUUGGAAAAUGUUUACUAUUUAUUGCAACUACAAUUAGAAUUCAUACUGGAAAUUGUACGUACGUUACAUAUUUAUAUAUACUUACGGCCAGACGGACGGGUGAUUCUACAUGUCAACCAUGUGAACCAAAUAAACAUCCAUUACAUUGCUGGAUAAAGAGCAAUUACUAGUAACUCCAAUAAAACACAGACAUAAUUUAUUUAUUUAUAGAUACGAUCAAAAUAUAUAACUAAAGUUGUCCCAAACAAGGUAUAUUUGAUUUGUCUCAGUUGAGUAAAGGCUUUUCAUAAUUUCCGCAACAUUCAUUGUCGCAUAUACAGUUAUAGAGUGUUCAUUUCCGACAAGCAGCCAUUUUAAGAGAAAGUUAUGCCGGGGUAUAAAAGAAUGAGCAUUUGGCGCCAUUUUCCUAACCAUAUCGGCCAAUUUUAAAUGGACAGUAGCCUACAUUUUAAAUGCUCGAGAAUCACAGACAGUCAAACAAAUGGAACAACGCCCUCCUGGUUCUUUAUAAAGGAAGUGUUUCACUUAUGGAUCAGGUAUUCCACUUAUGGAGGUGUUCAACUUAUGGAGGUGUUUCACUUAUGAAGGUGUUCUACUAAUAGGGGUGUUCCACUUAUGGAGGUCUUCUACUUAUUGAUGUGUUCUACUUAUGGAGGUGUUCCUUUUAUGGAGGUGUUUCACUUAUGGAGGUGUUUCACUUAUGGAGGUAUUCUACUUACAGAGGUAUUCUAUUUAUUGAGGUGUUCUACUUAUGAAGGUGUUCCACUUAUUGAGGUGUUCUACUUAUAGAGGUGGUCUACAUGGAGGUGUCCUACUUGACAGGUUAAAAUGCACACUCUGUGUUACAACAUAUCAUUAGUCGUCAUCAGACACCAGACUGCCAAAGGCCGUCAUAAAGUACACUUUAUCUCUGUACCCUUUAUCUAAAAAAAUAAAGGUGAUUCUAUUUUGGAUUUUUGGAAAAUGUCAAAAUUUUGCCCCCUGUUCAUGAAAGCAUUAUUUUAUUAACUUUGAAACUCGAAAACGUCUGUAAUAGCCUAUCAUUACAACCUCAUUCCUGACAUUUCCCCUUUUCUAUGGUAUAUUUUAACCUUGAGACAAAUAGCAUCAUUGUUUUUACAUCCAUUUUCUCUUUAAAG